AUGUCUGCCAACCUCGACAAGUCUCUUGACGAUCUCGUCGGCAGUCGUCGCCAGACCGCUCGCCGCCGUGGUUCCCGGCGCGCUGCCACCAAGAAGCCCUCCGUCGGAGGCGUUAAGAAGUCUACCAAGGCUGCUCCUAAGGCUGUUCACCCGGCUCCUGUCGCUCACACUGCUUCCAGCAAGAUUCUCGUCAGCGGACUGCCUGCCGAUGUUUCCGAGGCCAAUAUCAAGGAAUACUUCACCAAGUCCGCAGGUCCCAUCAAACGGGUCAUGCUCACCUACAACCAGAACGGUACCAGCCGUGGCAUCGCCUCGAUCAUAUUCGCCAAGUCUGAUACUGCCGCCAAGGCUGCCAAGGAGCUCAAUGGUCUCCACGUAGAUGGUCGCCCAAUGAAGAUCGAGGUUGUCUUCGAUGCAUCCUACGCCCCCGUCGCACCUGCUGCCAAGCCCCUCGCUGAACGUGUUGCUCAGAAGGCUCGCCCCAAGUCCGCCGCGACUGCCCCCAAGGGCAAGAAGGAGAACACCACUGCCGAGAAGGGAGGUCGCCGUGGCAACCGUGCUGCUGGCCCUCGUGGCCGCAACGCCGCCCGCGGAAAGCCCAAGACCGUUGAGGAGCUCGACGCCGAGAUGGUUGACUACUUUUCAACCGACGCUCCCCCUGCCGAGACUGCUGCUCCCGUCAACGCCGCCGUCCCCCAGGCCAACGCCAACCAGGACAUUGGCAUGAACGAUGAGAUCUCCUAA